GAAGUGGGACAGUCGUUUGCCGUACCUCGAUCCCUGAACCUGCGUGCCGGCCUCGUUGUCCUCGCGAUUUCCACCGAAGAGGAAUUUCCUUAAAGUAAGAAGUUAUUGAAUGUCAGUGGAGGACAAAGAGUCCGAGACAUAAUACUGGUUUGGUAAAACGAGGCCUGGUGAAAUGAAGUGACGGUGAAAGUUCGCCGUGUUCAAACGAUCGAAUCAUUUUCUUUCCCUGAGGUCUGCAUGGUCUAUUUUCGAGUCCGCAGUUAAAACCUUUUCAAAGUGAUUUUCGUUUCUUUUACAGCUUUUCAUUUACCCGGCAUCGAUUGUGGUUUGUGCUUUGAGUGGAUCGAGUGUAAAAGCCCUGGGAUUAGUUCGCAAAGUAUCGUACGGAUUGAACAAGUCUCGUUCAAUACUCUUAAGGUUACUUCUACCCGUGUUUUAAAAAUUAUCGCGACUGUAUUUAACUACACAAUUCUCCAUUUCUCGAUUAAUCGUUCGAUAUAAAAUGCUUUGUCGCACUUCUCAGUAAUAGUCGUCGUUUGAUUAUCGGUUCAUACAAGAAUUACUCAAAUCCUCCCGUUACGUUUGAGGUCCGAUUAAAGCUCUCUGACUUCCUCUCGGUCCAGUUCGCGGUUACCGAGGACUGCGAAUCAAUCAGUGGGUGAUUGAUGAGAAGCCUGCAGUGUCACGUGAAUUCUCUGUCAUCGGAUCGUGUGUCCAAUCAGGACGAGUCUCUUCUGCAAUUCCUACUCGCUGGGUGAAAUUUAAUUUGCAAUACUGAUCUUUUGAUGGCAGGCGGUGAUGCGGAAGGAUUUUAAACCUGAAAAAAUCCACGCGGAUGAUAAACCACGGUGCUUUGAUAGUCGAUAAGAAAAAAAAGAAAAUUAAAAUUUAGAGUAUAUUAGAAAUAUCAACUACCAUGUAUUACCAACUAUAAUGUUUCUCUGAAGACAAGAGCACUGAAUAACAAACUUUAGCCUGAGAUUUACAAUAUUUAUGUAACAUCAUCGGGAGCAGCUGACACGUUUGAAACGAGAAUUAUUAACGUGGAGAAAUGACACCUGAACUAAAAGUGAAAAGUUGAAAUUGAGUAAUAAUUUUUUGUGAAACGUACGUCGCGGACGCCGAGGGAACUCGUGCUAUUCGCGAAGAUGGAUCACUGGCAAAUGUUCGCUUUCUUUUUCGUCGGAAGUUUUUUUAAAGACAUUUGGGCGAUCAACAUAAAGGACGUGAGAAUCCCGAAGGUGGUGAGAGAGGGUACGGAGGAGCCGAUUAUUCUGGACUGCAACUACGAGAUGGGAACAUCAUCGAACACUGGUCUCACGAUAAAGUGGCACAUCGGACCGAAGGUGCUGUAUCAGUGGGUUCAGGGAAGUCCACCGCGAGCUUCCGAAGAGUUCCACAAGUACGUCGACGUGUCCUACAAGGCUAGCAACAACUCGAACACCAUGUACAGGGCCGUCAAGCUUGUCAGACCUGGGCUCGAGCUCUCCGGGAACUACAGGUGCGUCGUCUGGACUCACGACGACGAGGUCGAGGAGGAAGAGAGGAUGGUGGUGUACUCGCCGGAAAAUUACUUCACUAUACAUCAGGAUUACAAAAGUACGGAUGAAUCGAACUGUGAGCUUAUCGUCACCUGUCUGGCCAAGGGCUUGUCUCCUCUGCCAACGAUAACGCUGCAAAAGGACAUGGAAGAAAUCUUACAACAAAAAACAGUCAUUCCUCGCGCUGAUGGACGGUACGAAGUCAAAUCAAUCGCCGUUAUGGACGCCAAGAGGCUUCGGCCUCCCGUCACGUUCAAGUGCGAAAUCCACAUUCAAGACGCCAACUACACCAACUUCAAGGAGGUCGUCUACAGCGGCUGUGACGCUCGGCUGCCUCGAACUUUCUUCCUUGCAGCCAUCUUCGCCGUUCUAAUCCUCUUUGCUGGUAAUCAAUAGUGAUCUGUUCAUGCUAGUGAUCCUGAUAAUGUGAACGAGUGGUAAAGACGUGUAUUUUUGUCGGGCUGAAUUUAGUGGGAAGAAAAGGGGUGUGCAAACUUUUCGCAAGACCGGGUGUGAUUUUUUCCAUCUGGAAAAAAAGAAUAUAUAUAUAUAUGCCCGCAGUUGCGACGGAAUUUUAUAAAUCCUUUAUCACUGUAAGGCUUGCAAUUGCGCAAGGACUGAAAUUAUCGGAGGCGAUUUGUUCCUAUAGAUUAACGUGUCAGGUUUUUACUCGGGUGUUCAUUGUUCGACGUAAUUUUUCAAUAUUUUAUUUUUUCCUUCUCACGUGAAAAAUCGACGAGUAUAACAGCUGAUUCCAACAAUCUUACCCGAGUGAAUGUAAAAGUUGGAAUAAAUAUGCAAGAAACGAGCAGAAAUUUAUGUGUUGAAUAAAAAAAAAAAAAUAAAUAAAAAUUGUCCAAUGUCGUGAAAACGAUUCACGGAUAAUAUUGAACGCCUAAAAAACACAUUACUUUUAUUAUCGACGAUCGACAUUUCAAAUAAUUUUCCCGGCCUAAAUAAACACUAUGAGUUUAACUUAAAAUUAGUAAAUUUUACUGGAAAUAUCGAUCAAUUUUUCAGUGUUAAACAUUUUAAAUUCACGUCUCUGGUAAAUACAGAUAGAAGAUUUUACUCUGAAUGACAAUAUUAAAGACGAAUGUAUCGAGGUGAUGUAAUUCGUAAGGUGACUUAAUUUACUGAACAAUUCUAGGCCAGCCGAUAGAAAAUUUCCAGUUUGAAUUUCAAAUUUCUCAGAGUCGAUUGAAAAAGAUCCUAUUAUGAUCUCUAAUAUGUUCAGGAUGCAAUUCUUCAGGCGUUGAUCUAUUUUUUCUGGCGUAAAAUUUGAUUAUUUACGUAGAUAGCUGCGGGACUCAAGAUUUGAAAAUGUGGAAUCAAGUGAUUAGAUUUUUCGUACUUUUCAAUCAUCGAUUUGUAUAUUGACAGAAAUAUUUGCUUGCAUACGUGUCGUGUAAAUAUAAAAUUUGACAUAUAGAUAUGUAAAAUUGAAUCGAGGCCAUUCAUUCAUUCGUAUAAUUGUAAAAUUAGGAGAGAUAAAUAUUCUCUAUAUUACGUGGUCCUGUUUCAACUCCGAUAAAUGUAUACCGAUAAUAUAAAAAUUUAUUACAUGUAUAGGCUUAAAUGCGAAAAUUACAACGCCAAUAUCUCUGUGUGUAAAAAUGAUGAUUAAAAUGGAAAUGCUUUAAAGGGAGUAUAAAAAUAUAUGUAUAAUAAAAAUGGUGAAAUUAUACGAUACAUUUAAUGAAUGAUUGGCUUGCUUGGACAAUGAUAACGAAAAUAACGGAAUUCUUAAAUUAAUUAAUGUAAAUUAAAGAUGAAAAUCAAGCGAAAACAAACAUUCGUUAAAGAGAAAUGAUGAAUAAUAAAUGAAGGGGUGUAUGAAUGUACAGAAUACAGGGUGCUAAAUUUACUUGUCGAUUAUAUAACGGAUCGUGAUUCGAAUAGCAACAACACGAAUUCGUGAUACUCAAGUUUCGUAAAUUUCAAACCAACGUAACCGAGCUACACUCGUGAGAUAAGAAUUAGAAAUAAAAUUCCAAUCGUCCGGUUAAUAAAAUCGAUAAUUUCAGUUACGGUAACGAAAGAAUUGCAAAAACUGUUAUGUAAAGCUACUUAACUGUAAAUAAUUGGCUAAUACUUUGAUUGACACUGUAGAUUGAAAAGUGCAAAAGACAAAAGAAAAAGAAAUCAAUCCUGUCGUCAUUUUGAAAGUAAACUUCAAAAUCAAUUACGGCCGAUAUAAUUCGAUCGAGCGAUAAGACGAAAAGUGACAUAUUUUAAAAUGAGAAUUUGGCUAAAUAAAAAAAUCUAUCUCACCAUGAAUAUAUAUAUGUAUAGAUAAUAGAUAUACAUGUGCGAAGCUAAUUGAUCAAGGCUUGACCGGUUUCGUUCAAAAGUAAUUUGAAUUAUCGAAGACGUCAUUUUCGGUCAUUUCGUGAUAAGUGGUUAUAAUAAUAAUAAUAAUAAGUAUACAUAGGUAUUAAUUUGUUAAAAAUAUAAUAACCAUGUACAUGUUUAACAUAGGUAUGUAUUAUACGACCACAGGACAUAUUACGAUUAUAAUUUAUAAACUUAUUAACACUUGUAAUUCGAUUUUCUAUAUUUCCAGAGUGAAUAACGAUUGUUAAAUAAUAUAGCCUAUGGUAUAUAUAUAAAAGAAGAGAAAAUUAUGCGAGAAUAUAUGAUAUAUAUAUA